AAGAAGAAGAAGAAGAAAGAAGAUAAAAUUAAAACAGAAAUAUAUCUUUCCACUAGUAAGAAGAAUUCGAAUUCUCAUUCUCCUUUCUCCGAUUCAAACGUCAUCAAUCUCUCACUAUAUUAAAUUCGAAUUCCCAGUUUCUCUCCGGCCAACUCCCUCACCCUUUCUCUUCCCCCUCUCCGAUUACAAGGUUUUUGAACUUCGAUAAGGGAUUUGCGUACAUAGCAUGAGCUCUCGGGUGGUAAGGGGGCGCCCUCCUGCAAGAAGUGGGCUCAGGCAAAGGAAGAAUGACUUAGAUCUCAAUAGUGCACCACCUGGUGCGAACCGGAAUCAUGAGGGAACUUCAGCUCAGGUGUUACCUCAGGCAGAGAGACCUAGCCAGCCUCCAUUGGUGAUUGAUCUUGAGGCUAUUGAUGAUGAUGUUGUCAUAGCUUCCCCCAGGGCUUUUGCAGAAUUUCAGGCUGAAAACAGAAGCAUGCGAAGGAGGUGUGUUGUUGAUUUGGAAACAGAACCAACUAGGGCCACUCGUCAAAAGCGCAGAAGAGCUGAACCAAAUCGAACCAUCAUUAAUUGUGACUACUACAUAAACUUGGAGGGCAAUAACAACUCCAAUUCAAAGAAUGAGCAGGCCCUGCAACCACCGCCGCUGCCACCACCACCAAAGGAGCCCUCUUUUACUUGUCCCAUUUGCAUGUCUCCCAUGGUUGAGGAGAUGUCAACAAAAUGUGGUCACAUUUUUUGUAAGAAAUGCAUUAAGGCUGCAAUAACUGCACAAGGAAAAUGUCCUACUUGUAGGAGAAAAGUUACUGCGAAAGAGCUCAUUAGGGUAUUCCUUCCUACUUCCUCCUGAGUGCAACUCAUGCUUCUGUGAUUGAUCAUGGUUAUGUAAAGUGCUUUCUGGGGAUGGAGGUCAGAAAGAGUUGUUGUGCCAGGUCUACAGAACUCAUAUUUCUGAUAGGGAUUAAUUGUUGGAAACAUGCAGUUUGUUAGGUCUAGUGACUAGUGGGAUUUUGUAUGGAAGUGCUUUAUGAUUAGUGGGGUAUUUACUAUUACUUGAAUAUCCUGUUUUUCAUAUUACAUUAAAUGGUACAAUCUGUUAUGCUUAGCUGAGAUGUUAAUGGAACUAGCCUACAAGCAGUGGAGAAAAAUAUAUUCAGGCUGAAAUUCUCGUGUCCCCUAUUUAUCUUUCAGUUGCAUCUAGUCAAUUGUGAACAGGGAAGUUCAGUACCAUGGACCCUUACGACGUUAUUUUGCUGUUGAAGGGUCUGUAGGUUACUUCUGCAUGGCAUAUAGGGAUGAUCUAGACCUUGCGUUUACUACGUUUGUACUGAAGCUGGCUUGAACUGUCUUCUUUCUGUAACCUGAGCUUGCUCUGCAAUGUCUGCACACUGUUGUAACUAGCAAGAAGACCCUCAACCAGCCAAAGCAAGAACAAGUCAAGAACCUGCCAAGCUGAAUCAAACUGAAGUUUCAUGCCAAUAUUAGGAGACCCUCAACCUAGGUUUUACAUUGGUGACUCCCUGCCAGGACUACGCAUUAACGAAGGAUAAUCUAUGUAUUGACGGGUUGGGAUGCUAGCAGUAUAAUAUUCGAAUAUGAUGAGCAAGAAACAGAUAGUAAACGUUAAGGUUAGAAGUAUGCGGAUGGGAUACAGCAAAAGAUGAGAUUUUGUUCAUGAUUUGCAGCAGAAUAGGAGGAUAUUAAAUGGCGAGCUAUGUUUACAUUCCGUGAGCAGAGACAUUGAAGAUCUCAUUCUGCAACUCGUGAUAGGAUCUAUUCUUUCGAAAAUGCCAUAGUAAUGGCCCCAAUCAUCGUCGAAAAAUAAUCAGACGCUGCUA